AUGGACGGCAACAGUGGCACCUCCGGCGACGCUCCAGCCGUGGGGCGGGUGCGAAAACGGGCACCAGAGGCGUGCACUUUCUGCCGUCGACGAAAAAUCAAGUGCAGCACUGAACGGCCUUCGUGUGCGAAUUGCAAGACUCAUGGCAUGACUUGCAACUAUGAACCUAUCGAUGAUGCUGUUCGUGCGCGGACUAGCCGUCCAAGCAAGGUGCCACGGAUGGAGAAGUCGACUGAGCAGCCUGCACCUGCACCCACGCCGAGAGCGAAAUCUAUCUCUGAUGACAAUUCUUCUCGCUCUAACGUAGACUCUGUUAGUCGAGCUAACAGCGUGUCUCGUAUUGUGCUUUCUUCGAAUGGCAUGCCCAGCUACCACGGGCGCACGAGCACGCUGUUCGAAGAGAGCUAUCAAGACCGAUCCACUCCUGAGGCGAACGCCAGAAUGCCUGAAGAGUGGGUUGAGAAGGGAUUAAUAGCUGAAGCUGCUUGUCAACGUCAACUUGAGGAUGUCAACUUUCGUCUUGGUAAACUCGAUUUUGACGGCGUUGAGCCUGAACUGGGCCAGCACUUGUUGUCUCUGCAUUGGAAUCGACAGCACCAUUCAUUCCUUAUCACAUACCGACCCGCAUUCAUGCGAGACAUGGCGUGCAAAGGUCCAAACUUCUCUAAGCUCCUUCUCAACGCUAUCUUCUUCAGCGCGUCCAAAUUCAGUCCGCGUCGCGAGCUACGACGCGAUGCAGACGACGUACGUACUGCUGGCUGGCAGUUCCGUGAACGCGUUCGGGGGCUGUUGGGUGGGGCUCUAGACAAGAGCGAUAUCACCACGAUCCAGGCGUUGUUGAUUAUGACUAACUCCCUAUUCGCAUUGGGCGAUGAACGCAGCGCUGCUUGGCUGUACGCUGGUCUCGCGUUCCGUAUGAUCGUUGACUUGGGCAUUCACGUGGAUAAGGCAGGCCUUACCACGAAUCGCAAGUUCUCAGACGAAGAUCUUGAGAUCCGGAGACGUGUGUUUUGGGCCGCUUUCGUCGUCGACAAGAUACAGAGUUUGUAUCAAGGCCGACCAGUGACCAUCAAGGAAUCCGACACGUUAGUACCUAUCAAGUUUCUCGACACAUACGAAGAACUCGAACACUGGACUCCUUUGGCCUACUCCACCCAAUUAAGCGUAGCUUAUUCGGGAUCGCCGGCAUACAGUAUAUCUACUUUCAAAAACUUGUGCCAACUGUCGGUCAUACUUUCUGACAUUCUCAGCACAAUCUACACAGAGCGAAGUUCCGACAAAAGCCCAGCGGAGCUAUCCACUAAGCUAGAGAGUAUACACUCGACAUUACAAACAUGGUACCGCAACCUGCCUAGCCACCUUGGCGCCGAUAUGAGCAAACUACCGGUGACUCCGCCUCCGCACGUGUUGAGUUUGCAUGCCAUGUACCAUGUGCUUUUGAUACUAUUGCAUCACCCGUUUGUUGCCGACGGUCACCUCUACAGCACUUCCCGCAGCAUCUCAGUGAAUUCAUUGAUGUGCUGCGCCACAGCAGCUAACGACAUCGUGCAUCUUCUGCGGGUGUUUGAUAAAGCUUUCAGCGUGCGCAGGGCCCCUUAUCUCAUAUCGUAUGCAACGUACGUCGCUGCCACGAUACAUGCGCGCAUAGCAGCAAAGCGUGGCCCGGGGUCGGAUGCGCAUAGCAGUCUUGCUGCGUGUCUCGCUGUUUUCCAGGAAAACCAGGAGACCAAUCCGGCUGUCCGACGUGCGAACGCUCUCGUUCAGAAUCUAAUGAAGAGACUUGGGGUGCGCAUGCACAGCAUUGACGAGUGCCGCAUCCACAAAGACGUCAGUGGCGGUAACCAGCGUCAGUCCCCAGAGUCACUCACUAACACAUCGCUGGGUCGUGGGCCGAGCCUGCAAGGUCUCGACAUUGACGGCAUCAUACAGAGCUUCGUACGCGAGCAGGAGAAUGCACAAAUGACACAAGCAGGCACACCUGACCAUACUGCAGCGAACACCGCGGCACCGACGCCCAUGCUGCCGCCGCGGGCUUCCACUGUCACUGGGGAUGUUCUCGAGGCCAGCAAUCACGAUGUGGGGCCCCUAACCUACGACUACAAUGGGUCGUGGCUAGGGCAAGGUCAGCAUCAGAUGUAUGGAGAUGCGUCAGUGCCUGUCGAUGACUUAUACUACGGGUUCAAUAGCGCUGCUCUGGAUAGCUUUCCCAUCACGCCGUUUCUUGAGUGGAAUACGAUGUGA